GUUGGCGCCUGCGCGCGCGGUGGGCGUCACGGAUAUGGCGGAGCUGCGGCUGGUGGUACUGUGGCUGCCGGGCCUGGCGCUGCUAUUCGGCCGCGCUGAGGUGGGGUCGGCGCAUCUCACAGCCACAAUCCCGCCGGCCCCGGCGCAGGCAUGUUCAGAGUUUUCACAGAAGUCCUGUGAAGAAUGUCUAAAAAAUGUUUCGUGCCUUUGGUGUUACACCAACAACACCUGUAUCGAUUACCCUGUAAGAAGCAUUCUGCCAUCAUCUUCAAUAUGUACACUCUCAAAUGCUCGAUGGGGAGUUUGCUGGAUGAACUUUGAGGCUUUGAUUAUUGCCAUAGCUGUGGUAGCUGGACUCAUUCUGGUGUCCGUUACAGUCUGUUGCUGUUACUGCUGUUACUGCAGAAGGCGUUCCAGGAGAUUAGAUGAAGAAGAAGAACGGCUAGCUAGAAAGAGAGAGGAACGAAGACUAGAGUCUCUUCAGAGGAAACAUGAAAGAAAACUGAAGCAUGAUGAAAUACGGAAGAAGUAUGGUCUCCUCCAGGAUUCUGAUAAUCCAUACAGCAGAUUUGAGAAUGAAUAAAGCGGAGAACCUUACAUUAGAGCUGUAACUCCAGAAUAUGGGAAGACAGUUUGUUUUCAUUUGCUCUUUGGGUUCUUGUUAUUUUUUUUUUUCCUGGUUGUAAAACUACGAGUGGAUAAAGAAUUAAGGAAAGACAUGCUUCUAUGGUAUCUUCUUCUACCUAUACAGAACUAAUUUUUUAUAAAUGCAUUUGGUUGUUUAAACAUUUGCUGAUUUUUAUGGUGACAUCUAAGUGUGAAAUGGUGUCUUCCGUCCUCUUAAAACUGUAUUUUGUUACUUGAUGUAGAUGGCUUAUAGUCACAGUCAUGUCUUUGAAUUUAGUCUUAACUGCCACUUAAACGAUUAUUCCCAUGUUCCUAAACAAAGAUUUGUCCCUACUGCAUCUUUCUAAUAUAAAAAUAAAAGGUGGGAUGGAAGCAUGGCUUCCAAAAUAGCUGAUGUUGGUAUCGAUGAGAAAAUACACCAGGCACAUUCUUAUGUACAACCAGAACAUGGUAAUUGGGUGGAGGUUUUGACACUCUUGAAAAUCUUUUUUUUCCACAGGAAAUGUCUAAAGGUUGAGAGAGGGGACCAUAUUUGUCUUUGAAUAAUUCAACUUAGUUGUGGAAAAACUUUGAUGUUCUUUGACACGAAAAAGAAAUUACUUCUUUUAGCAAUAUUGGAAGAAAGUAAUUCUUGAAAUAAACAUAAUUAUAUGUGCCUAAAUUCUAGAAGAAAUAUCAGCCUUCUAUAAGCUUAAUGUAACAAAAAAAAAUUCCCCCCAAAAUGUUGCCAAGAUUCUGCAGUUUGAGGGUUGAUCUUGGGUGGCAACUAACGUGAGCACCACUCAGCUGCUUGCUCCUUCCAUCCCUACAGCAGAAUCGGAGAGACUAUGGGAACAGCGAAAGUGAGAAAACUCUUGGGUCAAGAUAAAGACAGUUUAAUAAGAGAAGAAAAGGAGGGUAGGGGGUACAAGUGAUGUAAAGGCAGUCACCACCUCCCAGAAGGAGACCUCUGCCCGCCCUCCCCACAGGUUUUGUUGCUGAGCAUGAUGUUGUACGGCCUGGAAUACCCUUUGGUCAGUUCCAGCUCCUUGCUAGAGCAGGCAGAGGGGGGGAAAAUGAAACCUUGUUGCUGUGCAAGCAAAGCUCAGCAAAAGCCAAAGCACUGGUGUGUUAUCAGCACUGUUCUAACCACAAGUCCAAAGCAAAGCACCAUAUGGGCUGCUAUGAAGCAAGUUACCUCCUCCCCAGCCAGACCCAGUACGGUAAGAAAGCAGUAUUUUUUAUAAAGUUUUAUUAUUUCCAUAAUGUGAUUUAUUUCCUCUGUCUUUAUUUUCAUAGAGGUGUUUCACUGAGCAUUUUCACUAGCUAACCAGUAUGAUGCAACAAGCAAAGAACUCUUCUUCCCUUCCCCCAGUGUAAUGCAAGCUCCCAUUUAUUCUGUACAGUUUAAAUAACCUCCCUCGCUGUGUAUUAUCCAUUAAACAAAUGUACAGUAUUGAAGAUGAUCAUGUUAUUUUUAUCGAUGUUCCUAAAAUAAAUACUUUAAUAUCCCUAAUUUGGUUCUGUUUAGGUCUGUUGUUUCAUACAAUUUUAAAUUAACUUGGUUUAGAAAAAGUGAGCCAGUAUGAGUUUGGAAGAAGGAAAGGGAUGCAUUUUUGCUUUUGCUGCUUUUCUGACAGAAGAAUAAAAUCUUAACAGCACAUAGGUGUGGUGGGAUCUAAAUCUCGCCUGUGAGUGAUCAGGUGAAUUGCCAUUCCAUCCAGUGCCAAAGAAUGUGCCUUUACUUAGGCUUUAGUAACUAUCACUUUAUCACUGAUUUUGGUACAGUAUUCGUUUCCAUUCUGUCAUUCUUUUUACCUCUGUAAACAGUUUCUCUGUAUACAGUUUCAUAGGAAUUUAUAUUAAAAUGUUUCCUAGUUCCUGAAUCUGUAUUGUAAUUAGUGUUUAUGGAGUAAUGACCUAGUUUCCUCCUUUUUUGCCCCUUUUUUCUUAACUCAUAUUUAUCACUUUAUUUUUAGGCACUAUGUUUAAUUUCAUGUUUCUUCAUCUAUCAGCUAUUGUCAAGUCCAAAGUAUUAUUCAAAUAGCUGUCUCUGAAGAAUGAUGGUCUGUGAUAAGAGUGAAUUGAUAGUGUGGAAAUAAAACAUGCUGAUGGUUUUCCCUGGAGAUAACUUUUGCAAAAAUGAUGAAGGUCUGCCUGCUGUCUUAUGACCCAAGUAGUGACAUUCCUGGCUUAAUAGAAAAGCAUUUUUCUUCAGCACCUGCUACAGUCUGUGAAGGGCUGUCAUGGUAUUCUAACAAAAGGGGGAGGAAAGACAACCUUUCUUACAAUUUCAAAGAUAGUAAGGUACUUGGGAAACCAAAAUAUUUUGGGAAUAUGGAAUGGGUGUUACAUUGCUGGGGAAUAGUUGUGUUACAUUUAAAGAGAAGGUAGAGUGAAAUCUGUGCAAUUUUGCACACCAUGUUAGCUUGGCAUGUCCAAGCUAUCAUUAUGUGCAUCAAAAGGUAACAACUGUGGUCAAAUUUAUCUUAAUCAAGCUUACCGUGUGCUAAGCUUUAACUUUGUAGUGUAGGCUCAUUUAUACAAAAUGUCAAGGUGGCCAUCUAAUAUUGCACAGUUUUGCUUCCACAGUUAAAGACUAUUAAUUUAACUAGACUAUUGUGUACAGCAGCCUUAAAGCUUGAUAGAAAAUGCAAAAAUCCCCAAACAUUCCCCAGACUUUUCAAGUUAUUUGACCUUUUUCUUCUGUGUUCAUUGGAGCAAUUAACUGAAUUAAUUGGAUGGAAAAUAUCCUUAUUUCGGUAUAUUAAUUGCAGCCUUCUCUGCUUUCCUGUAUGUCAGUAUUUCUCACUUUUGCAGAAAUAUUUGGUUUGGCUUAUCAAUAGAAAGGUUGCUAGACUAUGUUUUAGUGUAGCAGCAAGUAAUUGGGGAAACAGCAGUAGAAGGAGGUAACGUUGUAUCUUUGGUUCUCAGCUGUGUGAACAAAGGCAUUUAUCACUUUCAGUAUGAGCUUCUCCUCCUCCACACUUUUUCAACAAAAGACACAGAAGAGAUGCAACGUAUAAACAAAAUCAAAUUAGAGAAAUGGCAUAACCUAAGCCUGAGAGCCAGCAUAUCUCCGCUAUUCAUCUGGUUUUCUCAGACAUGCCCUUCAUUCGCAUUCUAUUCUCUUUCCUCUGUUUUUACACUUUUUAUUUUAGUCAAUUUUUGCUUGUUAAUGUUGGUAGUGAAGGUAUUACUAUCUGAAAAGAAGAGUGACCUCUGAAGUUAAAAGUUAAAAUGUGUGUUUAUCUUUCCACAGAACAGAACUUCCAAUACAGAAAACUCAGGUGGGUCAGCUUUAAAAGUAAUGUUGCCAGGUGUAAUUUGUUUAUGUAAAGAGAAUUUUAGUAGAUUGAAGUGUGCUUUUUUAACUUAUCUUAAUGCAGGAGCAUACCUUUUGCCACUUCUGAAAUCUUGGCUUUCAUGAUGAGUCCAAUAAGUUGUCU